UUCCUGUACGUGCCCGCCUAUGGGAAAGGUAGCAGAACUGUCCGACUCGUUCCUCCCAACAGGAGGCGGCUGGAAUAAUUGGUUCCUCCUUCUCCGAGUGCCUGGUGGCUCUCCGGAAUCCUAAACUCGUAUUGUUCUCUGACAAAGCUUUGCUUCACUAGUACUGCCAAACUCCCGGUCCUGUGCACCAAUGAGGUCUGACUCUUACACGAUUCUUUCCAGAGAGGAAAUUUGGAAGUCAAUGACUGUUUCCGGGGGGAGCAGCGAAGGCGAUGCUCACUUCCGGCGGAGGGAGGCUGUCUGACCCGGGAUGGAGGAGGCGGAGGAGCUGCUCUUGGAGAGGGAGAGACUGCAGGUCGCCCCUGGGCCGCGCCUGAACCCGGGCUCAGGAUGGAGCCCUUCCGGAGAAGGCUGUGCUCAGGGCCUCAAAGACUUCCCACCCUGGCCGACCCGAGCCGUCCACGCUCUAAAGAGCCUCCCCCGGGGUUUGGCCCUCGGUCCUUCACUGGCCGAGGAACAGCGCUUGGGGGUCUGGUGUGUCGGGGAGCCUCUGCAGCCGGGACUCCUCUGGGGGCCGCUGGAAGACGAGUCUGUCUCGGAACGGAAGGGCGAGGGAGUGAAACCACGGCAAGAGAAGGACGUGUCACUAGGCCCAUGGGGAGACGUGUGUGCUUGUGAGCAGAGUUCAGGCUGGACCAGUUUGGUGCAGCGGGGCAGGCUGCAGGGUGAGGGGAACGUGGCCCCAGUAUGGAUCAGCGAGAGGCUCCACCUGCAGGUGGACCGGGUCGUGCUGCCAGGCUUUGAACUUCUACUGUGGCCCCGGUCUCCCUCUGAGGGCCUCAGCCCCACCCCACCCAGGCUAGAAGAAGAGACAGCCAUGGCUGUGGCGACAGAAGUGGAACCUGCUGUACAACAGGAAGUGGCCUCUGUACAACAGGAAGUGGCCUCUCCUGAGGAGGAUGCAGCAGAAUCUUGCACAGAUCCUGGUCACCAGUCAUCCCCCAACACCCAGGCAGAGAGCAUGGUGAGCUCUGAACUUAAGCCCCAAACCCAGGAUCAACUUUCCAAGGAGAGCCAACCACUUGGUCUAUUGACUCAGGAUGACAGCAUGGACAAGGAGGACCUUCCCCAGACACAGAUGCCACCUGAACCUCAGAGCAGCUCCACAACCCAGCGGGGCCUGGAGCACAGUGAGGCCACUUCCUCACCUUCUGCCGGGGGCACCCAGUUGCACGCUUAUCUGGUCAAGAAGUUACAUAGCCCCCAUAAUCAGCGCCCACCCAGAGCAAAGACCUCAGAACCCGGGGCACAGCAGGCCGGAGAGCAGCACCCCAGCCUCUCUGCACACUUGCGGAGCCCUCCUGGCCCGGUGGGAAGCUCCCUGAAACAGGGACGACGGUACCGGUGUGGGGAGUGUGGCAAGGCGUUCCUGCAGCUGUGCCACCUGAAGAAGCAUGCAUUCGUGCACACGGGCCACAAGCCCUUCCUUUGCACUGAGUGUGGCAAGAGCUACAGCUCAGAGGAGAGCUUCAAAGCUCACAUGCUGGGCCACCGCGGGGUGAGACCCUUCCCCUGUCCACAAUGCGACAAGGCCUAUGGCACCCGGCGAGACCUCAAAGAGCACCAGGUGGUACAUUCAGGUGCCCGACCCUUUGCUUGUGAUCAGUGUGGCAAGGCCUUCGCCCGCCGGCCCUCCCUGCGGCUGCAUCGCAAGACCCACCAGGUGCCAGCUGCCCCCGCCCCAUGCCCAUGCCCCGUGUGUGGGCGGCCCCUGGCCAACCAGGGCUCCCUGCGGAACCACAUGCGGCUCCACACAGGGGAAAAGCCCUUCCUGUGCCCACACUGUGGCCGAGCGUUCCGCCAGCGGGGCAACCUACGCGGGCACCUGCGGCUGCACACAGGGGAGCGCCCUUACCGCUGCCCGCACUGUGCUGACGCCUUCCCCCAGCUGCCUGAGCUGAGGCGCCAUCUCAUCUCCCACACUGGAGAGGCCCACUUGUGCCCCAUAUGUGGGAAGGCCCUCCGAGACCCACAUACACUGCGUGCUCAUGAGCGCCUACACUCGGGGGAGAGGCCCUUCCCGUGUCCCGAGUGUGGCCGCGCUUACACACUGGCUACCAAGCUGAGGCGUCACCUCAAGUCCCACCUGGCUGACAAGCCUUACCGCUGCCCUACCUGUGGCAUGGGCUACACCCUCCCUCAAAGCCUCAAGCGGCACCAGCUCAGUCACCAGCCUGGGGUGCCCCCUAGCCUACCCUGCACGCCUCCUGCUUCUGAGCCCACUGUGGUGCUACUGCAGACUGAGCCGGAACUGCUGGACACAGGCAGCAAACAGGACGUGUCCCCAGCCCAAGACGUCUUUGAGGUCACCAUUUCCGAGAGCCAGAAGUGCUUUGUGGUGCCGGAAGGGCCCAGCCCCACCCCCAGCCUGGUACUCAUCCACAAGGACCUGGGCUUCAGCACCUGGGCAGAAGUGGUGGAGGUGGAGACGGGCACCUGACACCCUCACCUGUCCCCAGCCGAGCUCUGUAUAAAGAUUAGUGUUUUUCUA